AUGUGGUGGUAAUGGCAGUUAAAGCAGGAUAGUGUAAUGGAUGAUUUUGGAUUUGUAAUAAUAAAAAUUAUAAUUAACAUUUUAAUACAUUUUUAUUUGAAAUUAGACUGAAAUAUCAUCUAGCUGUCAUGCACAAAUCUAUUCUGAAAAUUUCGUGUCUCUAUUUUAUCUGAUCUCAGAAACAUUGGAUGGACUGAGAAACUGAAUAAAUUCUUGACAUAUGAGUGAAAUGGAUUUAACAAUGGAGCCAUCAGAAGAAUUUUUGUUCAAACAUAAAGGAAUUUAUUUCCAACCAGACCUUGUUACACCUGAAUUCAUAGAUUCACUGGAGGAUUUUGAAAUCAGAGACAGUGAUGUAUUUGUAGUUACUUAUCCAAAAUCAGGGACUGUGUGGACUCAGAAUAUUUUGAGCUUGAUUUAUCAUGAAGGCCAUCGAGAUGGAACAGAAAAUAUGCAAAUAAUAGACAGAGUCCCAUGGCUGGAGUAUAACAUAUAUAAUAUCGAUUAUGUCCAUUGUCCAUCACCUCGUCUCUUUGCUACUCACCUGCCUUACUAUUUAGUUCCAAGAGAUCUGAGGAAUAGGAGAGCAAAAGUUAUUUAUGUAGCCAGAAACCCAAAGGAUGUUGUGGUUUCCUAUUUUCAUUUUUCCAGCCUUUCAGUCCUACUUGAGACAAUACCAGAUUUUAAUAUUUUUCUGGAGAGGUUUUUAGCUGGGAAAGUAUUGGCUGGCUCCUGGUUCGAUCAGAUCAGAGACUGGUACACCCACAGGGAUGACUUCAAUAUUCUCUUCCUCACCUAUGAAGAGAUGAAGAAGGAUCUCAGAGGAGCUGUGCUGAAAAUUUGCAAAUUCUUAGGAAAGCAGCUAAAUGAAAAAGAGCUGGACGCUGUUGUGGAAAAUGCUACAUUUGAUAAAAUGAAAACUGAUCCCAGGGCAAACUAUGAGUUCAUGCUAGGCAAUCUCCUGGAACGAGGCAAAGGACACUUUCUUCGCAAAGGGAUCGUUGGAGACUGGAAGAACACAAUGACUGUGGCACAGAGUGAAAGGUUUGACAAGGUUUUUAAGGAGAAAAUGAAAGACCUGUCUUCCACGUUCACCUGGGAUAUUAAUGACGACAUAUAGGCUCGUUUCCGGUUGGAAAGAGGUGAAAGUGCGCUAAAGAGAAUGAAAAUACAUUUGUUUCCAGUAUUCAUAAAAAUCCAUCAUUCUGUGCACAUUAAAGAUUUUAAACCUGCA